CCGCCUGUGUUGGAGAGCAAUUCGUAGCACGGUUGCGACGACGCGGCGGCGUUGAGAGGGUGAUGGAUAAAAGGCGAAGAAGUGUCGUCGGCUUGGCUGACGACUAUAGCGGUCAGGAGUGAGGGAUCCCGACUUCUCUCUGAGCUGCCAGGUUUGGCCGAGAAGACGAGUUGACGAGACGAUGGAAAGGCAGUCAGGCCGGCUCCCAAGGUCGAGGGGAGGCCCAAGCGAAGCCGGCAACAAGAAUGGAUUGAGCGUUCCAAGCCGCGCGGGGAGGAAAGGAAGGAAGCGACACACACUGAGGCCGGGAGGCGGGCAAGCGGGCAGGCAGGCAGGCGGGCGGGCAGGCAGGCAGUCAAGUCAAGAAAAGUUGCAGCUCGCGAUCUCGAUGACGAUCCUCCUUCUCCUCCUCUACUCAUCGUCGUCCCACAUCAACUUCGCUUCAUAGACAUCAUGUCCUUUGCUCGCCUGGGGGCAAGGCCCUUUGCGAGGGUGUCGGCUGUGGCUGCUGGGCCGUCACGAGCCGCUGCUGCUGCGUCGCAUUCACCCUUCAUGGCAGCAUCGAUGAUGAGGCCGCUCUCGAGAAGAUCCUUUGAUCCUUCCACUUUCUCACCUAGCAUCACUUCCAGCCGUCAAUUCUCCUCUUCGCCAGCAUACGCUUUCGCCUCUUCGUCUCCGAGCCGUGCCAUCUUUUCCUCGAGCAAUACCGGCUCUCAAUCGACGACUGAUGACCUCAAAGACACGGCCGCCUCAUCGUCAAAUCAGCUCCAAGAAGCUGCUGAUUCAGCCGCCUCAGCCGCGUCUUCGACCUCUGCUCAAGCAGGCAAUGCCGUCUCCUCGGCCGUCGACUCCGCAAAGGAAACCGCCUCCUCCGCAGCAGACGCUGCUUCCAACCUCGUUGACGCUGUCACUCCGGAAGUCGUCAGAUCCUUCUCCGACGUCACCCUCUCGUCGUGGCCCAACGUCCGCAUCACAGAAUACGGCCUCGACUGGCUCGUCGAGACUACUGGCGCUCCCUGGUGGGCCAUUAUCAUUGGUGUCACCCUGUCGGUGCGUGUCCUCCUCUUUCCUUUUGCCGCGAAAGGUCAAGCCCAGUCCAUGCGCCUGGCGCACUUCAACCCGCAGCUUCAAGAGCACAUGGCUGACGUCCAAGACGCUUCGAGGAGACGAGACAACAUUGCUCUGCAGGAGUCACAGAUGAAGGCUCAAAAGUUCAUGAAGGACAACGAUCUCCGCCCCUUUGCUGCCUUCAAGCUGCCCGCCGUCCAGAUGCCAAUCUUCGCCAGCUUCUUUUUUGCUCUUCGCGCCUUGGCCGAGCAGAACCUCGACACUAUGAAGGCGGGCGGGCUCUUCUGGUUCCCGGACUUGACCAUGGCUGACCCUACGGGCUGGACUCUGCCUAUCAUGUCGUCGGUCUUUACGCUGGCCGUUAUGGAGACGGGAGCAGAAAUGGGGGCGGCGGCGACGGCCAAGGAUGGACCGCAGAAGUACACGCGAUGGAUCAUGCGUGGUGUCUUCGUUGUAUUGCCCUUCUUCGUCAAGAGCUUGCCAGCGGCAGUCUUUGUCUACUGGAUGACCAGUGCGGCGUCCAGUCUGCUGCAGCUUGCCCUACUUCAGAUCCCGGCCUUGCGUCGCUAUUACGAUCUGCCGGACAAGAAGAAGAUGGCCGCUGCAGUCCCCACCACUUCAAGCACGAGGGACAGGAGGAGGAUGACCUUUGCCGAGGCCGUCUCUGCCGGCUAUCAGAGCCAGCAGCCCGUCAAUGGCCAGCAGGAGCAGUACCUUGCCUCCCCUGGACUCAAGGCUGGUACGCCGCUCAGCAAGCAAGAGAAUGCGUACGAGAAGUGGUUCAAGCCGGAGGGUCCGGCGGGUGGCAAGGCCGUCAAGGGUGGUAGUCUUUUCGAGGAGGACAAUGCUUCGUCCGGCAACAGGGGUUCGUCGCCGGACAACGAAAUGAGCUUGGCCUCGAUGCGUAGGGAGUUGAGGCGUAAGCAGGACGAGGCCGAGGCCAAGAAGCAGAGGGCUUUGGCCUCGAGGGAAAGGAGGAACAACAGGAGGCGAUACUAGGGAUGGAUCUGGGCGCAUACACUCGUCGAUACAUACACACACCACUUGCAAUGUACUUUUACUGAGAAGACGGAC